CAGGAGAGCAGGACGCUGUGAUCAGAAAACUCAGGGAGGAGCUCGAGGCGCAGAAGGACGGGGACGUUGAUGAAUCCCCUGAGAAAAUGGAGGAGGAGGAGGAAGAGGAAGAAGAAGAAGAGGAAAAGAGGAAAUAGAGGAGGAAGAAGAAGAGGAAAAAGAGGAAAUGGAGGAAAUAGAGGAAGAGGAAAAAGAGGAAAAAGAGGAGGAAAAGGAAAAAGAGGAGGAAGAGGAGGAAGAGGAGGAAGAGGAGGCAGCAGAACCGGGUAAAAUAACAGAAGAAGCUGGACAAGUCGACAAAAACCUUGGUGGGUUCAGUUCCCAUUUCUGGGCUGGAGCUGAAGGAAAAAUCCCCCAAAUUAACCCAAAUUUACCCCAAAUUUCCCUUUGGUUUCCAGAGGAGCUCAGGGCGGUGCUGGGAGCCCGGGACGCCAGGAUCGCGGAGCUCUCGGAGGCGCUCGAACAACGGGACAGAGAGAUCGCGGAGCUGAACGCGGAGCUCGAGGAGUCCCGAAUGAGGAUCUGGUGGUGCCUCGAGGAGCACCAGAAAGACGAAGAACAAGUGGCCGAGGUCACCCUAGACUCCCUCACCGCGCACCCUCGCCUCGUGCUCUCCCCGGACUCGCUCUCAGCCCGCUGGGCCUAUGGCGGCCCCGAGCCCGAACCGGGCCCCGAGCGCUUCUCGUGCUCGCCGUGCGCCCUCGGCCUGCCCGGCUUCACCGGCGGCCGCCACACCUGGACCGUGGCCCUGGCCGAGGGUCCCUUCUGCGCCGCGGGCAUCAGCCGGGCCUCGGUGCGGCGCCACGGCCCGGCCUGCACGCCCGGCGACGGCGUGUGGGCCCUGCAGCGCUGGGGCGGCCUGUGCCGGGCGCUGACCGAGCCCGCGCCCACGCCGCUGCCCGGCCGCUGCCCGCGCCACCUGCGCGUGGCCCUCGACUACGACGGCGGCCGCGUGGCCUUCUUUGACGGGGACGAUGGGCCCGGCCAGGCCCGGCCGCUCUUCGCCUUCCCCACGGCGCAGUUUGGAGGAGAAGAGGUGAGGCCGUGGUUCUGGUUGGAGCUGGGGGAGAUCUCCAUUGUACAGUGA